UAUGGCUACGCUUUCGCUCACUCUCAAAGGCUUGUGUUGUUGGAGAACCGUGGAAUAUGCUCCCACCAGAGAUUCCUCUACCUUCACUAAUCUCAGUCACAGGAGUAGAUAUAGAACAUGUUCCUUUGCCAAGAAGUCGUUGAAGAAAUCCAAAAGAGAUGGACCAGAGGCAUUGGGAGAUCUCUCAGAGGACAGAAUUUUUCAAAAUGACAAAUUGGACACUUCUCUUAAUCCAGCAGCCCAGAAUUCUAACCCUGUACCUUCCAGGAGUGCUGUGCUUCAGGCUUGCAUAAUAACUUCUGGUCUCAUAGCUGCUUUGGGAAUAGUGAUUCGGCAGAUAUCUCAUGUUGCUUCAACGGAAGGAUUGCCAGUCUUGGACUGCUCUACAGAAGUAUCAUUUGGUUUUGAAAUUUGGCAUCUUGAGUUGAUUACAGGACUUGUAGUAUUAAUAUCAUCAUGUCGCUAUUUGCUUUUGAAGACAUGGACAGAUUUUGCUGACUCUAGCGAAGCCGCUAAUCAGCAGGUCCUUAGCUCACUCCAGCCUUUGGAUUAUAUUGUCGUCGCAUUUUUGCCUGGGAUUAGUGAGGAACUACUUUUCCGUGGUGCAAUUCUGCCACUUUUGGGAAUGAACUGGGAGAGUAUUGGGGUGGCUGCCUUGAUCUUUGGUGUUUUGCACCUUGGCAAUGGUCGAAAGUAUUCCUUUGCCAUCUGGGCAACCUUCGUUGGUCUUGCUUAUGGAUAUGCUACAAUUUUAUCCUCUAGCGUUGCAGUUCCCAUGGCUUCUCAUGCAGUGAAUAACUUGAUUGGAGGGCUUUUAUGGCGCUACACAUCAAAUACAUCAAAGCAGAAAUGAAUUGAGUAAUUGCCAUCUUUACAGAUAUAGUCAAUCCCCUCCCUCCGAAACAAAAAAAAUCUUGAUUGAUGGCCAAAUGCCUGGUGUUAUGUUAUGUGCAUAAGAAUUUAAGAUACAGAGACCAGUCCAAAGAGGAUUGUUUGCAAAUGUAGCAACUAUUGGCAGCACUGCUCUCUCUUCCAUUUUUUAAGGAAAAAUUAAAGUUUGUAUAUUAGUUAUAUGGAAAACUAUGUCAUGUAAUUAUUUACUAUAAAUAGUUAACUGCAAUUUGCAAUGGAAAUGGGGUC